CAGACACUUCCUGCUUCUUCCUCUUGGUGAGAUUAACUAAACAGAGAAAGUCACUCUACUAUGAGGAGCUAGUUGGAGUAGAUAGACGGUACAUUUCUCUCCUUAGACAGUUUGACCCUUUGCCUUAACAUAUUGCGUCGUGUUUUACCGUGUGGGAUUAACUAGGAGCAACUCGUUUACAGUAGUAUUGUUGUUGCCAGCAGCGGAUUGCAGCCAUGAUGGCGUCCAGCUACAACGCUAAUAAGGAAGAGGACGGGAUCCACUCCGGCGCCGCGAACCACGGAGGAGGCGCAGGAGGGGUGGUGAAGAGUAAGAAGCCGGACAACACCGCCUUCAAACAGCAGAGACUACCGGCCUGGCAGCCCAUCCUGACGGCAGGAACCGUGCUGCCCGCUUUCUUCGUUAUCGGGCUCAUCUUCAUCCCCAUCGGCAUCGGCCUGUAUGUCACCUCCAACAACAUCAAAGAGUUCGAGGUUGAUUACACCGGUGUAAAGGUUGAAAAUCCAUGCUAUAACUGUGCCAAGAACUUCAGCUGGAACAGCACAACGCCGUGUUUCUGCUCUGUGGCCUUCACAUUGGAGCAGCCAUUUGAGAGCAAUGUCUUUAUGUACUACGGCUUAUCCAACUUCUAUCAGAACCACAGACGCUAUGUGAAGUCCAGGGAUGACAGCCAGCUGAAUGGUGACCGGUCUGCUUUAAUGAGCCCCAGCAAGGAAUGUGAACCGUAUCGUACAGGUGAAGGACAACAGCCCAUUGCUCCAUGUGGGGCCAUAGCUAACAGCCUUUUCAAUGACACUCUGGAGCUGUAUCACAUUGAUUCCAACGGCACCAGAAAUGCAAUUCCUCUGGUAAAGAAGGGAAUCGCGUGGUGGACAGACAAGCAUGUGAAAUUCAGGAACCCCGGUGGAAACACCAACCUCACUGUAGCUUUCCAAGGCACAUCUAAGCCGGUGAACUGGAGGAAGCCGGUGUUCGAGUUGGACCCAUCAGACCCCGAGAACAACGGCUUUAUCAACGAGGACUUCAUCGUGUGGAUGCGCACGGCUGCGUUGCCCACCUUUCGCAAGCUCUAUCGCAUCAUCCAGAAGAAGGCUAGCACGACCCCCACUCUACCCAGUGGCAAAUACGUCUUGGACAUCACUUACAAUUACCCUGUGCUCAGCUUUGACGGUCGCAAGCGGAUGAUCCUGAGCACCAUCUCCUGGAUGGGAGGGAAGAACCCUUUCCUCGGCAUCGCCUACAUCACCGUGGGCUCCAUCUGCUUCUUCCUGGGCGUGGUUCUGCUCAUCAUCCACCAUAAAUAUGACACCCGCAACAACAGUGCAGAUAUUCCAAACUAAGCUGUUCUCGUGUCACGUUUUCCUGUCUAUGCAUGCAUGGGUGACCCUGAAGGGACUGCUUGUUGACUUUAGCGUGAAUACAUUGGUCUCUGUAAUCGUUGUGUGUUUGUGUAAAGACAGCAUUGUCUUACGUGUCUCAUCAAAAGCUGUGUUUUUGUGAAAGGCGACUAAGGCAAAAGAAAGAUGCUAGAGUCUGUGUCUCUGUGCAUAUAGCUUCAAGUCAGCUGCUGAGAAUGUCAUUUCCUGUCUUCAGAAAAAAUGUAUUUAUCUUCUAUUUAUCUAUACAUUAUCGAGAGAUCUGUUUUAUUUUAGCAGGGCUUUGCGAAUGGCUUAAUUACUGAAGGAUGUAUGUAUUUUAAUGCAAGUUUUUGUCCAUAUUAUGUACUGUAAUAUGUCCUGCUGAUGAAUGUAGCAUUAUAUUUCAGUGACAUACCUCUGUGGUUUUUCGAGAUUACCUUGAAUAUAGGAUGGGAAAAUCAUUGCUUGUGUGCCGUUGAUUAUGGUAAGCGCAAGCACUGAUGUUCAACAAGAAGUAUUUUAUCCUCGGAGAGGCAUAGAACACUCACGACUAGUAGUACCACAAGUGUGGUUAUUUACCCUCUGCUCUGACAAGUUGUAUAAAGAGGCCAGUCAUAAGGCAUCUUUUUAAAAUUGGAAACGUUAUCCUAUACCACUAUAUAUAUCCAGCGUUUGUAAUUCUGAAACUCUGGGCAGUGUCUCAGGCUGAUUAGAGCACAAUUAUUUUACAUAUUGAUUUUACAGUUUGGCCUGAGAUUAGAUUAGAUUAUCUUGCGUUCUUCUUCCACGUUGACCAAAUGAUAUGCACUUUAAAAGUGUCACAUUUGUUCGUCUCCCCACCACCACCCCCCCCCGUGUUUCACUUCAUCUUCUGUUACAAUAUUGCGUUCUCUUGAUUUAGUAAAUUGAGUAAAAAUUGUUUAAAUUUGAAAUUUAUAGGUUUUUAUAAGGUUUGUAGGGUCCAAUUAAACAACUUGGUGAAUGUA